UAAUUCUUCAACCGAACAUGCGCAAAAGAACUCCCGACCGCCAGUGUUUAAAAACAAAACUUGAACAGACUUGCAUUUGAUAAACUUUCGUAAAACUUACAAAAAUGACAACUCCAUUGGAGGACCCGUCUCUGGAGCGGCACUUUAAGGGUCACAGGGACACAGUGACAAGUGUCGACUUCAACCCAAACAUGAAACAGCUGGCCUCCGGGUCAAUGGACCAUUGUUUGAUGGUGUGGAAUUUUAAACCUCAGAUGAGGGCCUAUCGAUUUGUUGGACACAAAGAUGCGGUGAUGAGUGUGCGAUUCUCACCCUCGGGUCAUCUUGUAGCGUCGGCCUCCAGGGAUAAAACAGUGAGACUCUGGAUCCCUUCAGUGAAGGGGGAGUCAACAGUGUUCAAAGCCCACACAGCCACUGUACGGAGUGUGGACUUCUCCAGUGAUGGACAGACCCUUCUCACCUCAUCAGAUGAUAAAACUAUUAAGCUCUGGACUGUGCACCGACAGAAGUUUUUAUUUUCUCUCAAUCAGCACAUGAACUGGGUUAGAUCAGCCAAGUUUUCCCCAGAUGGCAGACUGAUAGUAUCGGGUAGUGACGACAAGACAGUGAAACUUUGGGACCGCAACAGCAAGGAGUGUGUGCAUACAUUUUACGAACAAGGAGGGUUUGUGAACCAUGUGGAGUUUCACCCCAGUGGUACUUGUAUAGCCUCUGCAGGCACUGACAGCACAGUGAAGGUCUGGGAUAUCAGGAUGAACAAGCUUCUACAACACUACACAGCUCAUGCGUCUGCAGUGAACAGUCUCUCGUUCCACUCGAGCGGUAACUACCUGCUGUCUGGCUCUGAUGACGGCCAGCUCAAGGUGUUUGACCUGUUGGAGGGGCGCCUGUUCUACACGCUGCACGGUCACCAGGGGCCAGUCACUGCAGUUGCCUUCUCACGAGGCGGAGACUACUUUGCAUCAGGGGGUUCAGAUGAACAGGUGUUGGUUUGGAAGACCAACUUUGACCAGAUGGACUUCACGGAGUUACUGCAGACCCACAAGCAGCGUGCCAGUAACGGCAAUGCCCCUACAGUGGCCGACAUUGCUCCCAAGAUACCGAGACCUGGCUCCGCAGCCUCUUCGGUGUCUAAGAGCUCGGGAAAGGGGUUGAGGGCGGACAUCAAGAACAUGGAUGAUGAGGCCCCAGAGGUCACAGAGGUCGGGCCAGCAAUGUUCUCUCCUGCAGAGCAGCUGUCUGGUGACGAUGUGGAGAUGAGGUCAGCGGACUCGAGGUCACGGGGGUCCCGGGGUGAUGAGUUCCAGUCACGCCCCACCACCCAGCCCCUGGAGGAGAAGUCAGCCAUGACCCCGCAGCUCGCUGGCACCCUGGAACACAUAGUGGGGCAGCUGGACAUACUUACACAGACUGUUUCUUUGCUGGAGCAGCGAUUGACUAUGACAGAAGACAAAUUGCGCGAAUGUUUAGACAAUCAGCAAAAACUUGCAGCACAAAGUAGACAGAAGGACUGAAUUCCAUAGUUUUUAUUUAUUGCCAUCCUCCAUUAUAGUUUGUCGUUAUGUACCCUUGUACUUGUUAGCGAGUUUGAUACAGCUAGAUGCAGCUAGAGGACUGAAUGCCAAAACAUGUCAUGUUUAGUUCAUAUUGUGAUAUGGACAUAAGUAACACGUUGGCAGCGGACAAACAAUUUUAAGAGUCCAUGAUUUACAACAAGUUUCAUUUGCACAAAAUGGGAAUUGUUCAAACUGUAUGCAUUGUGUUGUAAACAAAACAACCGUUUCUGUUGGUUAUCUCAUUAUUAUUGACCUUAUGUCAUUUAAUGUUUACAAUCUAUGACUAGAGUCAUGUAUGUUCAUUUGUUAUGAAGUCAAGUCCAUGCGUCUACUUCAUGUAUUGUUUGGUGAUGUGUCAAGUCCAUGUGUCUACUUCAUGAAGUCAAGUCCAUGUGUCUACUUCAUGAAGUCAAGUCCAUGUGUCUACUUCAUGAAGUCAAGUCCAUGUGUCUACUUCAUGAAGUCAAGUCCAUGUGUCUACUUCAUGAAGUCAAGUCCAUGUGUCUACUUCAUGAAGUCAAGUCCAUGUGUCUACUUCAUGUAUUGUUUGGUGAUGUACCUAUGGGGAACCUCAUUUUUAGCUCGGCUGUUUUCGGAGAAAACCCGAGGUAUUGUCAUAGCCAGCUCGUCGUGUUGUUCGCCGUCCACGGGGAACCUCAUUUUAGCUCGGCUGUUUUGGGAGAAAACCCGAGGUAUUGUCAUAGCCAGCUCGUCGUGUUGUCCGCCGUCAGCGUCGUGCUGAAACCUUAACAUUUUGUAAAGUUUUUGAACAUUGGCUCUAAAAUCAAAGUGCUUCCACCUACAACUUUGAAACUUCAUAUGUAGCUGUACCUUGAUGAGUUCUACAUGCCACACCCAUAUUUGGGUCACUAGGUCAAAGGUCAAGGUCACUGUGACCUCUAAAAAAAAAAAAUCUGACAAGCUUUCAUAUCUUCAAAAAUGCACCCGCAGCCGAGUGUGGCAUCCGUUAUGCGGUGCUCUUGUUAUGCAUUUUAUUAUACCCCCUUAAAAGAAGUAUAAUAUUUUGGGGGUAUCAGGGGGGGGGGGGGUAUAGGAGUGAGCUAGUUGAUGAUUUUCAUUGUUUCCAGAUUAUAUGACUGAAAGGUAACUCAAAAAAGCUAAUCCUAUUUAAAAAAUAAACAUUAAUAACUAACAUAGAUUGAUAGAUUUCCAUAGGUGGUCAGGCAAAAUGUGAAUAAAUAAUGCAAGUAUGUCAUUGAUAUAUGGUUACUUCCAUAAAAUAUUUUAAUGCAUAAAACAGUUGUAACAAUUUAAGUAUGCAUUCACAAGAAACUAUUAUUGUCAAAAACAAACAUUUUUUUUAAAGAUAAAUUAUGUACAUUAAAAGUGUUUGAAAACUCAUAUGUGCAUGCAUCUCUUAACUGUUUAUGCAUUUUGACUGCAGUUGCUCUAUAUCUUUUCAAAUGAUUCUUCUGUUGUCACAGUUCUUUUGAAGUUGUAAUUGUCCCUUAUUUACCCUCAUCUAUCUCAUCCAUUGUUUCUUAUCAUCAGCUGGCCUUUCUCUAUUGUCUUCAAAAUUUCUUUAUAAAUAUGGAGAUAGAUUUGUCAAUACAUUGUUCUUCAAUCAUUUCCAUGACUCUUGAGAUAAGAUUCUUCUUUUAUUCUAUCUCUCAAAUUUUGCAAAUCAAUGUCAAGUCGACUUAAAGCUUUGCAUUUGCCCUAAUUUUUCUUAGUUAUUCAUGCUUUUGACAGUAACUUUGCCAAUAGCAAGAUUAAACCUUAUAAUUUCAAAUAAAUAUUUGUUUUCCAUGGUUGAUGCAGUAUUUAAAGGGGCCUUUUCACAGAUUUUGGAAUUUUUCAACUUAUUCAUUAAAUGCUUUAUAUCGAUAAAUGUAAACAUUGGAUCGUAAAAGCUCCAGUAAAAAAUCAAGAAUAAAAUUAAAAAAAGGAAAAGAACAUUGCCCAGACCAGGUUUCGAACCAGUGACCCCUGGAGUCCUGCCAGAGUCCUGAAGUAAAAACGCUUUAGCCUACUGAGCUAUUCCGCCGAUUACACAUAUGUGAUGUAUUUUAUACCUUAUAUAAGCAAUCUUCGUAGUUUCACAAAAUUUAACAACAAAAACAGAACUCUCCAAAUUAUUCAAUCGUUUCGCGUUGAACCGCUUUAUAAUUUUUAGGUUUUAAAAUCGUCAAAAGAUGCAUAUAAUGGCUAUAUUAGACCAUGGUUAAUGUUCAGUAUUACUGUUUCCUAACAAAUAUCAUAACUAAAAUGAAAAUUUGCGAAUCUGAAACAACUUUUUUCAAUUUUGUCAAUUUACCAAAGCGUGAAAAGAUCCCUUUAAUUUUAUAAUAAAAUGGUUUGCUUAUUGGAAGUCUCCGAAUCCUGAAUGUGUUUUAAGUUGAGUACGGUAUAUUUUCUAUAUUUGUUAUAAUAAUUGCGGAAAAAAGCUUAUUUUCAUACAAAAGUUAAUUCAAUUGUUCCUAAAAGUAGUUUGACUUGAAAUCAACUAACAUUGUUUCAGAACUUCUUGGAAUAGAAUUAGUUCUGUUAUAAUACCGACUGUGCCUGUGUAAAUUACGUCACAUGUUUAAUUGUAUGCAGAUUUAUCAUUAUUAUAUUUUUCCUGACAUUGUGUAGAUGUUGUAAAUUUGCAUUAUAUUUAUUACUUUUUUACCUAAACUGUGAUAUUGUAAAAUGUACAUGUAUGUAUUGACAGAAAAAAAAAAUUGUAAAUAAAUUAAUGUCAGUAAGUAUGUAA